AUGAAAAAUCAACUUACUUCAUCUCUUGACAUUGUUCAUGUUUUUGCUAAAGCAAAUAACAACAAUAUCAAAGAAAAGAAACUCAGUUUUUUAUUAAUUUACAAUCAAAACUACAACAAAACUCUUCGGCAAUUUGAAGAUAUUUUACGUUUACUUGACAAAUUAAUUGUAAAAGAAUUGGUAAAAGUUCGUGUUGAUUUAAAAAAAGCAAAUACAAGUACAAGUUCUACACAAUUAACCUGUAAAGUAUUGACCUCGGUUCUUUGUGAAUUGGGCUUUUUGAUCGAUAUUGACCUCAGUUCUUUAUGGAAUAUGGAUGUAUUAGCUUCAGUUCUUUGUGGAUUGGACUCUUUGAUUGGUAUCAAUCUCAGUUCUUUGUGGAUUGGACUCUUUGAUCAGUAUCAGCUUCAGUUCCUUAUAGAUUGGACUCUUUGA